AUGAACGUUAGCAUCGGUCGGCCCAAGCACGUGCGCGUGAUGGCCGGAGCCCUGGAGGGCGAGUUGUUCGUGGGCCCGCGCGCCGAGGAGCACCGCGGCCUGCUCAGCAUCAAGUACCCCAUGGAGCACGGGAUAGUCACCGACUGGAACGAUAUGGAGCGCGUCUGGAACUACAUAUACAGUAAGGACCAACUGUCCACGUUCUCGGAGGAGCACCCGGUGCUGCUGACGGAGGCGCCGCUCAACCCGCGCCGCAACCGCGAGAAGGCGGCCGAAGUGUUCUUCGAGACCUUCAACGUGCCGGCGCUCUUCCUCUCCAUGCAGGCGGUGCUCAGCUUAUACGCGACGGGGCGCACCACGGGCGUAGUUCUGGACUCCGGGGACGGCGUGACCCACGCGGUGCCCAUAUACGAGGGGUUCGCGAUGCCCCACAGCAUCAUGCGGGUCGAUGUGGCCGGCCGGGACGUGACCCGGUAUCUGAGUGUAGUGACCCACGCGGUGCCCCAUAUACAUAUACGAGGGGUUCGCGAUGCCCCACAGCAUCAUGCGGGUCGAUGUGGCCGGCCGGGACGUGACCCGGUAUCUGAGGUGAGUCUACCUAUACUGUAUAGUGUAGUGACCCACGCGGUGCCCCAUAUACAUAUACGAGGGGUUCGCGAUGCCCCACAGCAUCAUGCGGGUCGAUGUGGCCGGCCGGGACGUGACCCGGUAUCUGAGGUGAGUCUACCUAUACUGUAUAGUGUAGUGACCCACGCGGUGCCCCAUAUACAUAUACGAGGGGUUCGCGAUGCCCCACAGCAUCAUGCGGGUCGAUGUGGCCGGCCGGGACGUGACCCGGUAUCUGAGGUGAGUCUACCUAUACUGUAUAGUGUAGUGACCCACGCGGUGCCCCAUAUACAUAUACGAGGGGUUCGCGAUGCCCCACAGCAUCAUGCGGGUCGAUGUGGCCGGCCGGGACGUGACCCGGUAUCUGAGGUGAGUCUACCUAUACUGUAUAGUGUAGUGACCCACGCGGUGCCCCAUAUACAUAUACGAGGGGUUCGCGAUGCCCCACAGCAUCAUGCGGGUCGAUGUGGCCGGCCGGGACGUGACCCGGUAUCUGAGGUGAGUCUACCUAUACUGUAUAGUGUAGUGACCCACGCGGUGCCCCAUAUACAUAUACGAGGGGUUCGCGAUGCCCCACAGCAUCAUGCGGGUCGAUGUGGCCGGCCGGGACGUGACCCGGUAUCUGAGGUGAGUCUACCUAUACUGUAUAGUGUAGUGACCCACGCGGUGCCCCAUAUACAUAUACGAGGGGUUCGCGAUGCCCCACAGCAUCAUGCGGGUCGAUGUGGCCGGCCGGGACGUGACCCGGUAUCUGAGGUGAGUCUACCUAUACUGUAUAGUGUAGUGACCCACGCGGUGCCCCAUAUACAUAUACGAGGGGUUCGCGAUGCCCCACAGCAUCAUGCGGGUCGAUGUGGCCGGCCGGGACGUGACCCGGUAUCUGAGGUGAGUCUACCUAUACUGUAUAGUGUAGUGACCCACGCGGUGCCCCAUAUACAUAUACGAGGGGUUCGCGAUGCCCCACAGCAUCAUGCGGGUCGAUGUGGCCGGCCGGGACGUGACCCGGUAUCUGAGGUGAGUCUACCUAUACUGUAUAGUGUAGUGACCCACGCGGUGCCCCAUAUACAUAUACGAGGGGUUCGCGAUGCCCCACAGCAUCAUGCGGGUCGAUGUGGCCGGCCGGGACGUGACCCGGUAUCUGAGGUGAGUCUACCUAUACUGUAUAGUGUAGUGACCCACGCGGUGCCCCAUAUACAUAUACGAGGGGUUCGCGAUGCCCCACAGCAUCAUGCGGGUCGAUGUGGCCGGCCGGGACGUGACCCGGUAUCUGAGGUGAGUCUACCUAUACUGUAUAGUGUAGUGACCCACGCGGUGCCCCAUAUACAUAUACGAGGGGUUCGCGAUGCCCCACAGCAUCAUGCGGGUCGAUGUGGCCGGCCGGGACGUGACCCGGUAUCUGAGGUGAGUCUACCUAUACUGUAUAGUGUAGUGACCCACGCGGUGCCCCAUAUACAUAUACGAGGGGUUCGCGAUGCCCCACAGCAUCAUGCGGGUCGAUGUGGCCGGCCGGGACGUGACCCGGUAUCUGAGGUGAGUCUACCUAUACUGUAUAGUGUAGUGACCCACGCGGUGCCCCAUAUACAUAUACGAGGGGUUCGCGAUGCCCCACAGCAUCAUGCGGGUCGAUGUGGCCGGCCGGGACGUGACCCGGUAUCUGAGGUGAGUCUACCUAUACUGUAUAGUGUAGUGACCCACGCGGUGCCCCAUAUACAUAUACGAGGGGUUCGCGAUGCCCCACAGCAUCAUGCGGGUCGAUGUGGCCGGCCGGGACGUGACCCGGUAUCUGAGGUGAGUCUACCUAUACUGUAUAGUGUAGUGACCCACGCGGUGCCCCAUAUACAUAUACGAGGGGUUCGUGAUGCCCCACAGCAUCAUGCGGGUCGAUGUGGCCGGCCGGGACGUGACCCGGUAUCUGAGGGAACACCGAUACAGGAAGCUCGUUCCACAACCUCAGCGUGCGUGGGAGAAAGUGCCUCUGAAAGCGCACUGUACGCGACCAGUGUGGUUCCAAAGUAUGUGGAUGAACUCCCUGCCGAUGACGAGCGGUGCGAUGGUAAAAUGACGCCGUCGGCAUCAUGUCAAACAAUUCUUCUGAACACAUCCCAUUGUACAAGCGGUAGGGUAGAACACACAUAA